AUGUCGGCUGCGGAAGAUUUGCCUGAUGAUGCUGACGUGGAAGCUGCAGAAUACAGUUUUCCUUCAGUUGCUUCUAACUUCUCCGGUGUUCCCAUAUUGCCGUCCUUGUCAUCCUCUGCAUGUAUCUCCCUCCCAACGGCCGACAAGGAGCAGGCAGACGAGAAACAGACUGGACAUCGAACAUGGCUUGACUUCUUUCUAAACAUCGAAGACUGUGGCGUCAUCUUCGUUCCUUACGACAGGCUACAGCGCGGUCAAGCCAUUGGCAAGGGUCACACUGGGGCCGUCUUCAAAGGCUCGUUCAAUGGGAAACCGGUUGCUCUCAAGUAUACCAACAUCGAUUCAACGCGACCGCCCUCAAUCGCAAAAGAGCGUCAGAAUGAUGCUUUGUUGAAAGAGACCGGCAUGGAGUUAAGGGUUAUGACACAUCCAGACCUGCGCCGGCACGCUAACAUCAUCGAUAUCCAUGCUAUUUCAUUGAAGCCCGAAUUGCUCACCGAAGAGUCAGAAGGAGACCUUGAGGACGGCCAGCCUCAAGAUGAACUGGGGCUGCCGCUGUUGCAACCUGUGAUAGUGAUGGAGCUCGCCGUCACAGAUCUCAGGACCUUUAUGCUGUCCAACGCGUUAACAGCGCCAGAGACGCGGGCACGACUUGCGAGUGAGGUGACUCACGGGAUCUCCGGCUUACACAAAGCGGAUGUCACGGUUGGCGAUAUCAAACCUGACAACAUACUCCUUUUUCGCACUUCUGACGGUUCCCUAACUGCCAAAAUAGCAGAUUUUGGGUUCGCAAGGGGCGCGGCUAACUUAGUUUCAUCACCAGACGUUGAACGAGAAGUUCGAGGCAGUACUCUUCCAUGGCGUGGCCCCGAGCAUUGGGAUUUGGAUGACAAAGCCUGUCCUCCAACAAUGAUGGAUUGGCUGUUUCGAUGCCAGGAUUCGUAUUCCCUGGGGCUCGUUCUUGCCUUCAUUCUUUUUGAUUUCGAUCCGGAAAACGAGCCACGGCUCGAGGCCAAGGCGCCAGGUGGCACGCCAUCGCUCCGAGACAUUGCUCCCUCUCGGAACUUCAACGACCUAGUCCCUGCACUUGGCCGCUACGCUAGUCACAGGCUUUUGAAUACCUUGUGGGCAGAAUUCCGUGCUGCUGCGUAUGCCUUGGACGACUGUGUGAAGUACCGGGCUGACUUUGAUAAGGAUGGCGAAUCAAGCUUUCAAGCCAUCAUUGUACAAGAGCUGAUCGACAGGACGAUAAGCCAGACACCGCCAGCACCAGACAGCGAACAGUCUCUACCCAAGACUUACCUCCUGCCAUACUUGCUUACAGCUGAUCCAUUGAGACGGAUGCCUGUAAUCAUAUUCCAGAGAUUCCUGUUCCCCGACCCCCUACACGAUCAGACGCCCUAUAGCACCGAUAGACACCAGUCAUCUAGACGCACUCGGAACAAUAUGGUCUCCUUCUAUACGAAGGCUUCUGCUGUUGGGGAACAAGAGAGAGCGCAUCCAACUAGAGACAUGCCACCAGCGGUCAGACGGGUACUAUUUCAGCGAAUGAGGGCAGAAGCUGCGCAUGCCAAUCCUUGGUCCGAGCAUCGCAAGAUCAUGUCGAUCUGCUAUGGACAAGGCUUUGGCUGCAAGAAAAACGCAGUCCUGGCCAAACGGUGGAACGACAGCCUUGCCAUGGCGCAGGUAAAUCCGGACUGCACCGGUGACGAUUUUACUCGUGUCCUCUCUGCACGACACCAGGCCCUUUGGGCCAGCACAGUUCAAAGUUUCAGCUUACCCGAUGGGCUUGGUGAGCCGGAUCUGUACCGGUGGUAUAUCUCUGACAUUCUACUCGACGCGACCCAUAUGAUGUAUCCGAUGCAUCCCCGAUUGUUGGCGAGAUUCGUCAACAUGUACUGCUCGUCGGACGGGGUGCGCGAUCUUGAAUACGCAAAAUUGUUUUGGCAAAAGCAAGAAAUUACGUGGUCUAACUUCGUGGGUCGAAACGUGAACGCUGCCAUAUAUCCAGAGAUGGCGCCUAAGAACGUGGACCUCGCCAAUGAAACAACAAAGAUGUGGGAUCUUCUGGCCCCACGCCGACAUGUCGUUCUUGCCGAUGAUGCGGAAACUUUGCUGCGGGAACUGCCUCCGGAAAGCCUCCAAGGCGACUCUGACGAGGCCGAGAGAUCCCGGACAGAAGCCAGGAUCUUAUUCGAAUUGUCCAUUCGCAUCAAACGGCCCAAGUGCUUCGAGUUGUUGUUUCGCCAAUACGGCCAACGGUUGAAAGCGGAAACAGAGAUGGCGCCCUCGGAUCUUCAGACUACCGUUCGAGCUGGUGACACGGAUGCCUUGGAUUUUGUGCUGAACUACACCCAAAACUUCACUGAACUCACCUCCGUGAACCUUUGGAUCGACCUUGCGGAGUACUCUCAGGGUUAUAUUAUUCGUCAUGUGCUAUACAGACUCGCUUAUGCCACAGGGAAGACUGACUUCCUGCCGAGCUACGACCCCCGAGCUCCUUUACCUCGCCACGAACAUGCGGGGAAUUUCAGAGCUCAGUCUCCGUUGGUGUGCAAAGCAAUUGAGCAGGAGAACUGGUCCUCGUUCCUUGCAUUACUGGAUGCUGGUAUCGACGUCAAUAUCUUGCGGGUCAAAGACGGACUACUGCCCAUCCACCUCGCAGCGGGUUGGCGUCUACCAAUGUUUGUGGCCGCGCUGCGCUCUGCCGGAAGUACCAUCAACGUGCAUGAUGUGCGGCGGAAUACUGCCUUACAUUACGUCUUGCAAGACUCCCCGAUUCCUCGGCCGCCGGUACGAGAGGAUUGGGACAUGACCCAAUUCCUCGAAUCCUCUGGAAUCGCUCGGCGUUUCCGCGAACGUCCUGAUUGGACACAGCAACUGACCUUGAAGCUGCUGGUUUCAAUGCCUGGCAUCGACUUGGACGUUAGGAACCAGGCAGGGUUUACGCCUCUGAACUUGGCUGCCUCGAUUGGCAACACAUUUGCGGCCCAGCUCCUGAUGGAGCGAGGUGCGGAUUCCAACAUUCUUACAUUUGGUUGGCAGUCGGUGUUGCAAUCAGCCGUCGCCUCCAAAAGCCUUGAAAUGGUCAAGCUCGUCUACCCUAGGACAACGCAUCAGCUAAAUGAAAGCAGUCUUUCUGGCCUGACACCUCUUCUCAUGAGCGCCUGCGUCGGCCAAGUUGAUAUCUGCCAGUUUCUGCUCGAGGAAGGAGCUGAUUUCAAUUCAAGGGACCAAGGAAACCGAAACAUUAUCCACGCUUGCUGCGAAGGAGCGAGUGUCGACACUCUAGAGCUUGUCAUGGCUUGGAUGACGAGCCUGCAGGACUCCGAGACAGAGGCCGGGACGCCUCUCGAAUCUGCCAGUGGGAGCAUGUCUCGCUUGAUCAAUGAGUACAAUUUGGCAGGUUGUUUGCCUUUGCACGAAAUAUUCAAGAGCCACGAGUACGAAAUUUGUGACCACGUCAUGCCUUUUAUGGAACUGCUUCUGCCCUACGUUGACGAUAUCAAUGCACGGGAAGGGCCUGUCUCGGCCGGCGCAACUGCCCUCCACCACGCUGCAGGGAAAGGACUGCCUGAUGUGGUGAGACUUCUACUGGAAAAUGGAGCUGAUCCGAAUCUCCCAUUCGGGCAAGGAUGGACACCAUUGCACAUGGCUCAUGCAGCAAACAGCGACAAAGUCAUCGAGCUCUUGAUGACAUUCGGAGCGGAGGCAGAACGAGACAACAGCGGCAGAUUCCCGGGGGAAAUCACCCACAAAGCGCGAGACUGGUAUGAGAAGUCGGCGAGAGCACGGAUCCUGAUGGACCGUGCAAGAGUGGAAGCCCAGGAAAACGAAAACAUGAUGUUCAUGGUGAGACAAGCAAGCCAAGCCUUUCCCGAGCUUGACUCAGAUUUGAUGUACGGCGCACACUCGGCAAUGGUCAUGGCUCAAAUCCAGAAUCUACGCAUCUCCUCUGAGAUUGACCAUGAGUUGAAGACGAUGGAGGAGUCGGGUUCGGGUCCGUUGAACGAAUCGGUCUUUGAUCUGCUGGUCCAGCUCUCAAAGGGAGAUUCCGGAGCGUCUGCGUCGGCCAUAGCAAAGGACGCGGAUGCACUCUAUGAGCUGGUGAGGUUGCACAGUAGCAGUCCUUGGCCUCAGCACUGA